AUGUGGUUGGAACAUAGAUUCGAUUUAUUUUUAACAGUUUUAAUUUUUAGUGAUUUUAUUAGAACAGUAAUUUGUUUAACGGGUGAUAAUAUUUGUCUGGAACAAGAACGAUAUGUUGCUGCCGUUCGUAAACCAUUCAAGAAACCUGUUCAUGUACGUGAAUAUAAGUGGUGUUUACAGAUACCACCACGAUGUGAAGAAGAUAAAAUUAUUUACGUAGACGAUUAUAAGACUGAGGAUGAAGAAAGAAUUCGCAUCAUUGAAAAAUGUUGUACCGGAUAUAAAGAAAAUACAGAGACAAAAACAUGUGAUCCAAUUUCUUGCUCGCAUUGUGUUCAUGCAACGUGUAAUGCAACUAUUGGUAAAUGUCUAUGUGAUGAUGGAUACAUUGGAGAAAAUUGUGAUACGCGCUGUUCAUCUGGAAAAUGGGGACCUGAAUGUGCAUUAUCGUGUGACUGUAAUUACAGUACAUGUCAACAUACAAAUGGAACUUGUAUUUGUGUACCUGGAUGGAUAGGCGAGAGAUGUGAUAUACCAUGUCCAACUGGAUACUACGGUGAAAAUUGUAAUCAAAAAUGUUCAAAAUGUAUAUCGUCUUGCGAUCCAAUCACCGGUGAAUGUACCAAAGAGAAACGUAAAGCCUUAGAGAAUAGUUUAAACAAUUCAUCAACCGAAAUACCCAUUAAACAAAGCGAAAAUUCUUUAUCAACAAUAUUCUCGAACGAUUCUUCAAGUAAUAAUGAUAUCCGAUUGGUAAGAACUACAUCAGAUGUAUUUGCCAAUUUAUCAACAGAAAAACCAUCCAGCACUCAAUUUCAGAAUAGACGAAAGUAUUUUCCCUCAACGUCACAAGAUUAUGUUCCAAAAUAUAUUAAAAUAAUUCAAUCAUACUCAUCAAAUAAACCAAUUGAUCAAGACGUUAGUACAAACCGGACAAAUUCAUCAAUUGUAUAUAUUAAAAAACCGAUAGAAUCGAUUAAGAAACCUACCACGGCAAAGCCAACCGAUGAGACACUUCAACAAAUGACAACAAUAAAUUUUAUUGAUAUUAUUGGUACAACUGAGUCAUAUAUACCAACAUCGAAUGAUGAAGAUAAUUUAGAAACAACUACCGAGAAUACAAACAUUUUAUCGCGUAAUGAAAAUGAUGAGACCAUGGAAAUGACAACGACAAAUAUUUUUGUAAAUAACCGUAAAUCCAAUAUUGAUGAUACAGAACUUUUGGAUAGACAGAAAUCACUUUAUCAUUCUACUGAAUCAUCAACAAAUUCCUUUUCAGUUCGUACAAAUGAGAAUGCGGAAAGUCAAAACAAUUUACCGAAGAUAGAUUCUCCUCCCAAAGCCGAUGAUGAACAUGAAAAUAUUCAAACAACUGCAAUUCUUCCGGAAGAAAAAGAUGAUUCGGUGGAUUUAAAUAUUUCGAGUUCACCACAAAUACCUCAAACUUUACCUGAAAUAAUAGUUCAGGAUACGAAAGAUAUUGAUUCACUAGAAACAACUGAAACAGAGCCAUCAGACAAUUAUCGGACAACUGAAAUAAUGGAUUCAAUUCAACCAGAAAAAACUCUUAAUAAUCAAAAUAAUUCCCAUCUAUUAGACACAUUUCAAGCAACUGAAACAACUGUUCAAACUCAACCAGAAACUACGAGUCAAGAAAAUCAAAGAAAUCCUGUUAUCAAGGAAACAUAUCAAACAACUGAAAUCCAACCAGAAAUAACAAUUGAGAAUCAAAGCAUUCCUGUCAGUCCUGAAUUAACAACUGAAAUGCGACAAGAAAUAGAAGUUGAUAAUCAAAACAAUUCUGAUUCGCCAUUAAUGACAACUCAAACUCUAUCAGAAAUAAUAGUUGAGAAUAUGGCAAAUAUAAAUAAUUUUGGUACAACAAAGAUACCUCAAAUUGAAAGACUUCCAGAAACAACAAUUUUACAGAUGGUAGAUCUAAAUACUCUUUAUCCAACCCAAUUACCUCAAACAACGGAAGUUCUACCGAAAGCAACAAUUGAGAAUAUGGGGAAUCUAAAUCAACCAUAUUCAACGGACAAAGCUCAAACAGAAAUUAUAUCGACAUUUAAAUUCCGCGAACCUGCGACAACAGUUACAACAUCUUACACCACCCGCGAAAAUUAUGUAGGCGAUACUGUUACGAUUCAUGGAAAUCAGUUAGAAAUGGAAAUAACAUCAACCAAAAAAUUAGAAACAUUCGAUGAAAACUUAAACCUUUCACAGACUAAUUUAGGUGGAAACUCGUUAAAUACCAUACAACCAUAUUUUGAGAUCGAAACAAAUCGAAGUCGAUUUCCUUUUAAUAAUAGUACAAAUAUUAGAGAUCAAUCUUUCUCAGAUGUAUCAGAACAGGAUCGUAAGCGUACUUAUUCCAGUUAUUUGGAAGAAAUGACUAGUACAACAGAAACUUCUAGUACAGCGCUAACAACAACUUUUCUUACAAAAUUAUUGGCAACGGCAACUCCAACCAAAACAAAUUUGUUGGAUAGAACCAAUGAACCAGAAGAUAUUCUCAAUAAGGCGGAUAAUAAAACAAUAAUACCAUCUUAUGAAGAACCUAAGACUACUCCAUGGUAUAGAGCUACAUUUAUGAAACCGGAAGUCCAAAUUCCGAUCAAUAUUAAUGAUAGUACGUUAGUAAAUCCAACCUAUCACAGCAUAACAUCAGAUCAAAAUUCUAAUGAAAUGAAAAAAGAAACUGAUAUUGCAACAAUUCCAAACAAAAUUUUUUCAAAUGAUGGUUCCAUUCAUAAUAUGGAAAUGACAUUAAAUAACGAUUCAAUAAAUAACACUGAAACGCCAAAAAUACCAAAUUCAUCUGAAGAACGACAAGAUUUAUUUAUCAAAUUCAUCCGUACCACCGUAAGUCCACCGGAAGAACAAAGAGAAAAUUUGUGGACGCCAAAUAAUAAUUUUGUUGCUACCGUAAACCCGAAUUUAUCACAUCAAACUAAAGAACAGAAAGAAGACUGGACACCCAUUAACUUUGUUGCCACCGUAAAUCCUAAUCUACCAACUCCAUUUGAAGAUCAGAAAGAAGUUUCAUGGACACCAAUUGAUUUUGAUACCACUAUAAUACCAACUGCAUCUGCAGAGCAGCAAGAAGAUUCCUGGACACUAAAUAAUAUUGUUACCGAAAACUUGCAAUCGCCAAAUUUAAUUGAAGAAUACACACCAGAUACAUUUUUUACCACAAAUUCAACACAAGUUGAUACAAUAGAAACAAGAAACAAACAAGAAUCUUCACCCGUUAUACAAACAACCACAAAUCCAACAAACACUGAAGCCACAAUUAUAUAA